AUGGUCGUUGACCUAACAUGGGCUGCUAACGGGAAUAUAUACUUUUGCGGAGGUAUUCCCGCAGACAAGAUAUUCGCUGGCUUCGGCGCUUAUCGGAUUGACCCUACCACUAAACCUCACCUGUAUAAUAGGAAGGAGGAGCUCGAAGUAUUCGACGCUAUAAUAGAUAUCGAUAAUAAGUUUGUCCUUGCCGUUGCAACUUCGGACGUUAACCACCCUGUCGAGGUCUUCACGACAUUCUCCUCCGAUGGCGCGAUAACGCGAAUGUCGAAUCACGGACAAGAGUUCGCAGGCCGUCGUUUCGGGACGUGUAAGUUUUUGACGUGCACGUUAACGGACGGCGAGGUCGAGCUAGAUACCCUCUAUUUAAUCCCGGCCUCUUCCUCAGUCGGCGACCACCGUCGCCCGCUAGCAACCGCGGUACUUAUCCAGGGCGGGCCUAACACUCGUCUCACCAAUGCCUUCAACACCUACUACUAUAUGCUUACUCUAUAA